AUGCGUCGUUAUCAGUUUUAUAUAAUCGCCACUAUUUUUAUCUUAUCUUUAAUUCUUAGUUUUCAACAUCAAGCAAAUGGAAAUCCAAUCGAUGAUGUUAAUACGGUUUCAUCAUCAACAACAGUUUCAACAACGAAACUUAAUGAAAACAAACCAGAUCCUUCAGGAUUAUCUCGUUAUUCGUACAUGAGACCUUUCAUGUUACCAUUUCCACCAGCACCAUUUCCUGAUUUACGUUAA